UUCUGGACACAGCCCUUACUUCAGACAGCCGAGUCCAGGCGUGUGCAGCCGUGUGGAGGAUGCCCAAGGAAUUAGAAUCCGGUAGCCACGAGUCCCCUGAAGACCCGGCAAGCACUGCGCAGACCCUGGAGCUGCUCUGUCACCUUGACAACGGGGCCCAAGGCAACGUGGCCUGUGUCGUGUGGGAACCGAUGGGGGAUGGGAAGAAGGUCAUUUCCCUGGCCGACAGCCACAUCCUUCUGUGGGACCUCCAGCCCAGCUCAAGCCAAGCUGUGCUGGCCAGCUCAGCAGCACUGGAAGGAAGGGGACAGCUGAAGUUUACCGCGGGCCGGUGGAGCCCACACCACAACUGUACCCAGGUGGCCACAGCCAGUGAUACUACCCUCCGAGGAUGGGAUACACGGAGCAUGAGCCAGAUAUACUGCAUAGAGAACGCUCAUGGGCAGCUGGUGCGUGACCUAGACUUCAACCCCAACAAGCAGUAUUACCUCGCCAGCUGUGGAGAUGACUGCAAGGUGAAGUUCUGGGACACACGGAAUGUCACCGAGCCUGUGAAGACCCUGGAGGAGCAUUCCCACUGGGUGUGGAGCGUGCGUUACAACCACUCUCACGACCAGCUGGUCCUCACUGGUAGCAGCGACAGCAGAGUCAUCCUGUCCAACAUGGUGUCUAUCUCCUCAGAGCCCUUUGGCCACCUGGUGGACGAUGAUGACGUCAGUGACCCAGAGGAGCACCAUACUGAGAAGAGUAAGGAACCCCUUCAGGACAACGUUAUUGCCACCUAUGAGGAACAUGAGGACAGCGUGUAUGCUGUGGAUUGGGCCUCAGCUGACCCAUGGCUGUUUGCUUCCCUGAGUUACGACGGGAGACUGGUUAUCAACAGAGUCCCCAGGGCACUGAAGUACCACAUACUGCUCUAGUGGCCCAUGGCACUGCUGCUUGGUACUUGGCAAAUUCUCAGAAAUCUGCGGCUACGAGGUAAUUCCCUUCACAGACAUCCCUCCUUGGGAGAACCAGCGUUGCUUCUCCAGGAGCUCUAAGGACUGGAGCUACUGCCAGCAGCUCAUCUGAUGUUGUCAGCACACUGCUCAGCAUGGGAGGGAGCCAUACUGGACACAGCGUUCCUGUGUGAAUUGAUGGCUGCCCAGUCUCUGGUCGGUUUCUGGUUGCUGUCUUAAGGGUAUUGGGAGUUUAACUUUUCCAAAGUGUGUUUCCGCCUUCCUGUUGUCAUGAGAUUACAAACUGAAAUAAAGUCAGUGGGAUGUGCACAGCCUCGUCCUUUCAGGCUCCCUGCCCCACUGAGGAAAUCAGUA